CGCUGAGAUCGUAUGCUCUGCGUUUCUAGGAGCUUCGUGCUGCGGGUGGUUUGUCUCUGGUGUUCAGAGGCGCACGCCAAAUUGGUAGUUUGGCUGGAAUUUGGACUUCAUAGAUGGCUCUGAGUAAAUCAAUGCAUGCAAGAAAUAGAUACAAGGACAAACCUCCUGAUUUUGCAUAUCUGGCAUCCAAAUAUCCAGAUUUUAAGAAACAUGUUCAGAUGAAUCUGAAUGGAAGAGUGAGUCUUAAUUUUAAAGACCCUGGGGCAGUCAGAGCUCUGACUUGUACCCUCCUGAAAGAAGAUUUUGGACUUUCUAUUGAUAUUCCAUUGGAGAGACUAAUUCCCACAGUUCCCUUGCGACUCAACUAUAUUCAUUGGGUAGAAGAUCUGAUUGGUCAUCAGGCCUCUGAUAAAAGUACUCUCCGAAGGGGAAUUGACAUAGGUACUGGAGCAUCCUGCAUCUAUCCUUUACUUGGAAGUACCUUAAAUGGCUGGUAUUUCCUUGCAACAGAAGUAGAUGAUAUGUGCUUCAACUAUGCAAAGAAAAAUGUGGAACAGAAUAACUUAUCUGAUCUUAUAAAAGUGGUAAAAGUACCACAGAAAACACUCCUGAUGGAUGCUCUUAAAGAAGAAUCUGAGAUAGUCUAUGACUUUUGCAUGUGCAAUCCUCCCUUUUUUGCCAAUCAGUUGGAAGCCAAGGGAGUAAACUCUCGAAAUCCUCGAAGACCUCCACCUAGUUCUGUAAAUACAGGAGGUAUCACAGAGAUCAUGGCAGAAGGAGGCGAAUUAGAGUUUGUUAAAAGGAUCAUCCAUGACAGUUUACAACUUAAAAAAAGACUAAGGUGGUAUAGCUGUAUGCUGGGAAAGAAAUGCAGCCUUGCUCCUCUGAAGGAAGAACUUCGUAUACAAAGGGUUCCUAAAGUCACCUACACUGAAUUCUGUCAAGGUCGGACAAUGAGAUGGGCCUUAGCUUGGAGUUUUUAUCAUGAUGUAACAGUACCAUCACCACCAAGUAAACGAAGAAAACUAGAGAAGCCAAGGAAGCCCAUUACAUUUGUAGUGUUGGAAUCUGUGAUAAAAGAAUUAUUCCUCAAAGCAUUCCCUUUGGGCCCUGAAACAGUCGAAGGCAUCGUAGUUGUAACGACAUGGAUUGAAAAAAUUCUCAGUGAUCUGAAGGUCCAGCAUAAACGAGUUCCCUGUGGAAAGGAAGAAGUUAGCCUUUUCCUAACAGCCAUAGAAAACUCCUGGAUUCAUUUAAGGAGAAAGAAAAGGGAACGAGUGAGACAAUUGAGAGAAGUUCCUCGAGCUCCUGAGGACGUCAUCCAAGCCUUGGAAGAGAAAAAGUUCACCCCCAGAGAGUCUGGCAGUAGCAGCCAAGAUGUGGCUCAGGGCCCCCAGGAGAGUGCCCCGCACGGGUCUGCUCUGCAGGAAGGCGGAUCAGCGUGCGGGCCUGCUGUGCUGGAAGGCGAGUCAGAGUCAGCAGAGUCAGCAGAGUCAGCGUGCGGGCCUGCUGUGCAGGAAGGCGAGUCAGAGUCAGCAGAGUCAGCGUGCGGGCCUGCUGUGCGGGAAGGCGAGUCAGCCCCUGUGAAGGGCCAUGGCCCAGUCCAGGACUCACUUUCCCAGGAAGAAAACCCAGAACCCAUGGAGGAUGAAAGGAGUGAGGAAAAGGGAGAGAUGGAGGGUUUGGAAAGUUGUAAAGGCUCUAGCAAUGGAGCCCAGGACGGAGAGGGUUCUGAGCAGUCCAGCAACCCGGUAUCUGACAAAGGGAACCAUCUCGAAGGAGUGGCCGGACAUUACCUAUUCAAGUGUUUGAUAAACGUUAAGAAGGAGGUAGAUGAUGCCUUAGUUGAAAUGCAUUGGGUUGAGGGUCAGAACAGGGAUUUGAUGAACCAGCUUUGUACCUAUAUACGUAACCAAAUUUUCAGACUUGUUGCUAGUUAACUCCAAACUUCUGGCACAAUCAGGAAAGAUCUGUAGAGUACCUUGCUUUGGAGUGGCCUGUGGGUGGCAAGAGGAACUUUACCAUUGGCCUAUUGGUGGGGAGCAUUAUGUGGCAUUAUCUUUAAAAACAGAAAAAAUUCAUUUUUUAACCCCCCUUCCUUUUUUUUUUCUUUUUUUUUUUUUUUUUAAGUUUCAGGGCAAUGUAGUAUAGUAGUUCAGGAGGAAGAAUUGUGGUUAUCAGCAUCAACAAAAAGCCAUCAGAAAACUCAGAAGGAAUUUAAACCUGACUUAAACUGCUCACCUUUGCUUUAGAUUUCUUCUGAGGCCAAAAGGAUUAUUUUUGGAAUCUGGUCGUGGUCAGAACUGUAUAGAGCAUCAUGCUGUCUCAGCCCCCAAGUCGAGGCAGUACACCAGGGCAGAGAGGCUCUGUGUCCUCUUCUAGAGACACCUUGAAGACUGAAGACUUUCUCUGGGUGCAUAUGAUUGAUUACCCCUGUGUCAGUCCUAAAAAAGAACUGGUCUGAUGGUAGGUGGUGGGAGAAUCAGGGAGAGAAAACUUAGUAAUGCCAGAAGGGCUGAUCUGGGCAGCGCCUGAAAACGUCACUUUGCUGACUCAUGUCUGUUUUGAUGACACUUCAUAAACAGUUAGGGAAGCAAAACUCCUACAUGUGACUGAAACACAGCAGAAUGAAGCCAUACCCCUACCUCCAACCUGUGGGAAGUACUGUCUUGUAGCAGUUUUACUAGUGUGUGCCAUUUGAAAUGGAGCUUUGUUUUGUGUUUUUUAAUAUAAGAAUAUUCAGAAUUGAAAACUGCCCAUCCUGUUUGAAUCCUGGGAUUGGGGAAGAUAUUUUCUUGGCUUUGAAUGGAUGAAUGAUGAUAGAAGUAAGAAAUGGAGCAAGAUAGUUAUAUGCAGUAGUAGUUAUAUGCUUGAGAAAUUCUCAUCUAUUGGCAGAUAAGUUGUAGCUGAUCAAAGAACUGUCUUUUGUGGGGCCCUUGGUAAUCCCCCUCUGUGCUUAACUGUUAGCAUAGGAGAAUUCGGAGGCCCAGGUAACCGUGUUCUUAAAAUGCAUUUCCAGUCGGAAUGUUAGGGCUCAGCAGGAAUGCCUCUGGAAAAGGAGUUUCUUUUUUUUGUUCUCUCGGUAUUUUGGUUACCCUCUGCUGUGCUUCACUUUCAGCAGCCCAGUGUUCUAUUUAGUCUGAAAUUUUUUAGUAUGAUGCCAGAGUUCCUUAUUAUCUGCAAAGAAGACUGGAGCCAAGUAGUUAAGCCAUACUUUAAAAGGUGGCUGUUGGUUAGGGCAGAAUACUGAUGACCUCAGCAUAUGUUGGCAGUAGCUAGACCAGGCCCCCAGCAAAGAUACAGGACAUGAAAUAGGGCUCUAAUAUACCUCACUGUGGCAGUGGAUACAGAGAUGCAGAAGAUAACACAUUAACCCAUCAUUGUUCUUAACCUGUCUGUGAAUCUCUAGAGAAUCCAUCAACCUCCUGGAUUGUUUUUAAUAGCUCUGUGAGCGCAUGUGGGGUUUUCUGUUUGUUGUUUGUUUUUUCCUGGAGAGAAGGGUUCCUGAAUUAGAGUGACCAGUAACCCACUGAAGAUUAGGAAACACUAUUCUAGUCCAACCUCUCAUUUGACAGAAAGAGGAAACCAGCCCUGAGCGCGGUCACACAGAGUCAGUAUUUAACCUGUGGCCUGAGUUCCUCCAGUCCAGCCAUCCUGCUGCGCUUGCCUCUGGCGACACGUUGGAUCGUACGCCAGACCCGAACCCAGUUUCUACCUUGAGAGAAUUUUAGGGUAAUUGAGUUAGGUGGCAGCUAUUCAUUCAGUAAGUGGUCAGUAAGUAUUGUUUGUUUGUUUAUUUAUUUCAUUAGAAAAGAAUAGCACAUGCCCAUUAAAAGUUCGGAAAAGUGAAAGAAAACAGUAACAAAGUCAUCCCUAGUCUCAACCUUCUUAAACACAACCACUACUGGUAUUUUAGUAUUUCCUUCUAGUCUCCUUUUCUGUAGUUGGAGUGUGUGAUUGUGUGGGUUUAACUUUGGUUGUACUCAUGGUGUUUUCAGUUUUAUAUUCUGUUUUUCAUUUAGCACCUUAUAAGUAUUUUUCCAUGUUAUUACAAUAGUUUAUUUAUUUAUAUUCCUUGCCUGUUCAAAAUGUAUUUCAGGCGCAGUAUUAGCCUUUGUUUAGAUCUAGUACUUAGAGAUUCCCAGGGAAUAUGCUACAUAACUAGAGGCACAAAUGAUUUGUCUUGUGUCUGUGUUUCAGUGCCCCAGGUUUAAGGCUUCGUGUCAUGGAUGAGGUUUUAUUGAUACUGUGUUAAUGCUCUUUUACAGUUUAAACAGUAUGUGACAAGGAAAGCUUCCACUGCUAGAGCUGAGUGCCUUUUUUGCAAUUGGAUGUCUUCAUUUCCUUCUCUGAGAAUCGUUUAUCUAAUGAGAGAACACUGAAAACAUUUUAAUAAGACAUAAAAAUUCUUUUAGGCAUGCGUAUACUUUAUGAUUGUGGGAUAUGUGAUGUGAUAGCAUAUACCUCUUGUAGAGGGGGGAAAUAAUUUAUUUUCUUUAAAGAAAUAGGUUAUUGACCCAUGUAUCAUGUUGAAUGAUACUUGCCUUAAAUGUCUAGAGAUCAAGUUCAUGUUGGUGGAUUGGUAUGGAAUUAAAUCUUUGUGAUAUUAUCUUAAAUUCUAUUCUAGUCCCUGGCAUUGGCUUGUGAUCUCCUAUAACUCAAAUGGGAACAGAAGCUGGGCUUGUUUUCUAAUGGGGACUAAAGCUGCUUUUGUUCUUUGGAAUCUGCUUUGCUUCCAGCAGUCUGGUUGCCUCACCCCACAUCCUUGCCCGGCUGUUCACUUACCAGAACAUUGCUGCAUGUCCUUGCAGGGUUGGCGUGUCUGGUAGGGUUUCCACCGAUCUUAAGAGUUCAUGUUUAUUACUUAAAACUUUAGUAUAAAUAUUUAAAACAUAAAACCUCUCUUCUUGGUAGAAAUCAAAGCUUAUGCUGCAAACAUACCAAAUUCUACAAGUGAUAAGAGUGAAAGUGUGGGAAAGAUGCAAAACCCCUUGGAAAACCAGAGGCCCCUUGAAGGUGUUAGCCCCUUCAUCUUAAACAGCAGCAUUUUCCUCUGUGGCCACAUGGGGGCACCUUUGGCCCUUUCAUCAAGCACCUUAGCUGCACUGUGGGAAUGGAUAAAAUUGUGUCCUUGGUAUUUUCUUGAAAUACCCAUUUGCUA